AUGUAUUUUGCUUCUUUGGGACUCCAUUUUGCUGCUUCAGAAUAUCAAGUUCGAAUUAUAAGUGGCAGCGAAGAAGGUUUGUCUGGCUGGAUUACAGCCAAUCUUCUUCUUCGUCAACUGUAUGUCAACAAUAACCCUUCGGAAACAUAUGGCAUCUCCGAUAUAGGUGGUAAAGGGACAGGCAAUGCAACAGCCUGUUCUCUAACAGUGCAAGAUCUUUUCAACAAAUCUUCUUGUUCAUGGUCGAGUUGCGGCUGGAAUGACGUCUAUCAACCUGUUCCGAUACCAAAUACACUUCGAUUCAUAGCUAUGUCAGGGUGGUAUUACACAUUUAAUUCUCUUGCACCUCGUGUACCUGUACAGCAAAACGAUCAGAACAACUACGAAUUCGGCUCGACGAACUUAGCUCAAAUUGAAACAGCUAUCAACAUGGUUUGCAACGAACCAUGGUCAUCGGUAUUCAGCCCAGACAAAUUUCGACCAGGUAAUUGA